AUGAGGCCAACUCCUAGUUCUUCCAAGAACACUACAACGCCUCAGGGACCGGGAGAUCUCUCUGCAAGUUCUUCUAAUUCCGUUCGCCCGUCGCAUAGGACGCAGUUGAUACACAGUUCAAAGGGAACCAGUGAGAAUGCUACCAAUGAUAAUCUAAUACGUUUGACACAAGAAAAUCUAUAUUUACGGACGAGACUAGAGCAAAGCAAGGUCUUAUUACGGGAUAUCACCAAUGCAGCAAAGAUUAAUAAUAGCCAGUUGGAGUUAAUGAAGACCUAUAAAGAACAGUAUGAGGGAAUGUCCAAGCGUUUAGCAGAUGUAGAAGCAGCGUACUUAGCAGAUGCCGAACGGCUCCAGCAACUCUUGGCUGACAAUCAAGUAUUACAGCGUCAAAUUGGAGAACUAACUGUGGUAAACAAUGCCUACUGUGAAGCCUUGACAGGCCUUCAGAGUAUGCACGGGGAGAUGGUUGAGACCCAUACAAAGGCUGUCACUUCCAAUCCAACCCUGGCUUUGUCAACAGAUUAUACUGCACUUAAUAAUGCACUUAAGAAAGACGUCCAAAAACAGCUGCUAGCAGGCAUUGAGUCUAGCUUAAUGCAGCUAAUAUCAAAGCACGAUCCUUCUACCGCAAACGCCGGACGUGGAACGUCUAGAAGCAUAAUAUCUAAAUCUAAAUCCAAAUCAAAUAGUACAAUUAACAAUUUACAAAUAAAAUUAGACAGAUUGGCAGUAAAAUCUAGGUCGCGAAGCAGCUCUUAUGGCGCUCAUAAAAGGAAGGAAUCUGGAAAAGUCGCAAGAACAGCCAGUAGCGGAGCUAAGCGAGCUCGUAGCACGGGCGGCUCUGGAACUGCUUCUACAAAGGUCACUCUUGAUCAAGUUACUAGGUUAACAUUUAAAGAAGCGGAGACACCGCGACAAAAUAUUGAGCCAAGACCAUCGUUGUCCGAGUAUCCGUACAGAGAUUCCUCUCAUGUAUCUUCAGAACUGGAGGGAUCUAGGGUCCCCGACAAUAGCUUUACAGCACGAGAUGUGGGCACAAUAGAAAGCGGGGGAUGUACGCCUUCCUUUUCUACUAAGGGUGCUCAGUCGAGUCAAGUAACCCCUGGUACAAGCAAUCCUCAACCGAAGCGGUCCACCACACUUAGUGACACCCUUCAAGGAGGCGAUGUUUAUGGGAGUACUGAUAACGUUGCCUUUGUGUCGGUCAACACAUCACUAGUUAAUGAGAAAAUAGACCAUGCAGAGCAAGGACUGCACCAAGGAGUAGUAGCUCCUGGGCACAUCUCCGAAUUUUAUAAGCAGCAUAUCCGGACAGUUACUGAGCCUCUACUGCAAAGCAUUGCUGGCCUAGAACAUGAUAAUAAAACACUACAAGUUGUAGUGGAAUCUAAGGACAAGGAGAUAUGCAUGUUAAAGGAAAUGUUAGCUAGAUUAUAUGCUAAGCCAGAAGGCAUACAACCAGGUUCAAUUGCUCCAGCAUUUUCAGAAUCAUCGUCCACUAUAGGCAGUAGUGCUGAAUAUUCUAAUCGUUUGUCUAAUAAUAGCACAUCCUAUUCGCAUACAGAUAGAGGACUCAAAGACAUGGAAUCCAUUGGUAUGUGUACAGGGAGCGGACUUAAUACGAGUAACACUAGUUUAAGAUGCAAGGAUCUAAACACAUCUAAGGAUGCGCUAGGCUCUAGCUCUCCUCGUAAAGACUACAAAAUAGCGUCAUCUGGGGACUAUGCCGUGUUGAGCGAUGUUGAACGGGUGCGCAGCAUUUUGCAAGACGUGGAGAAGAUGCAGCAACAAAUAGUUUCUGAAACGCCGAGCUCUUGA